AUGAUUAUUAAUGAGCUAGAAAAUCAUAUUGAGCAUCUGGAUAAUAAACUUCAAGCUAGGUUUAAUGAGGAGGACAAUCAGGGUCUUAUGGAGUCUAAACUGGAUCUUGAUAUUUGGUUAAAUAGAGAAAAUACUCGUCUCUCUCACUUGGCUAAAAAAAGAUGGUUAAAAGAUGGAGAUAAUAAUUCAAAAUUUUUUCAUGCUUAUCUGAACGCUAAAAAUCAAAAAUGGAUUAAUGUUAUGAAUCUGGCUGAUGGUACUUCUUUAUCUACCCCUUUUGAUAUUCACCAGGCUGCUGUUGAUUUCUUCAAAAACAUUUCGGGUCAAAAUAACACUCGCUCUCUCCCUAAUUUAGAUGAUCUUAUUUCUCCCGUGAUCUCUGAUGCUGAUAAUUUCAAUUUGUGUAUUUCCCCUUCCCUCGAGGAUAUUAAAAUUGCCCUUUUUAGCAUCCCUAUUGAUAGUAGUCCUGGUCCGGAUGGUUUUGGUUCCAGUUUCUUUCGUGCUUGCUGGGAUCUUGUUCAUGGUGAUCAAGUAUAA